AUGGGUGCAGGAACAUCUUCCUCAUCCGCAAAUAUAGGACCUCUUUCUCGUGAUCCAGUUUUCGCAAAUAUGAGGGAUUACAACCCUUCUGCUCACUUUUUUGCGCGAGAAUUAGUUGUUUUAUCUUAUAAUCCACCACCAGUAAGCAAAUUUAAACCAUCGGUUGCUACCUGUCAUCAUCCACAAGAUAUAGUUGGCAUGACAAUAAACUGUUUCGACCAAAUCGUCAACUUAAGAACGGUCAUUGAAGCAAUAAUUUCAAAUUCUGAACCACGUGAUGAAACUUUUAUCGAACAAUUGAAAACAUAUUUUGACGAGUAUAUCAGAAUUUUCGCUGCACGUGAAACAAACAUUGCUUUUACUUCUCAUUACAGAUUAUUAAAUAUGCCCGCAUUUACAUUUGUUCCAACACGUAAAUUAUAUUUCAAAUUGAAUUUCGAUAAGCUUAUUGAAGGUUUCGAGGUUGCUCUUAAUGUUAUUCAAAAGAAAGAUACAAAAUCAAAAUUACUCGAAGACAUUACUGAAUAUCUUGAUGAUACUAUUCCACCAACAGCUAUUCCACCUCCAAUGGUCGAAUUCUGCUAUCGUGGCUCACCUUACGAAGUUAUUGAGUGCACAAGAAUUUGGAAACACACAAUCUGCUCGAAUGGUACAUUUUUGUUUGUUUUAACAGCAAGCGAUCUCUACAUAUUCCCAAUUACGGAAGGUGGCUGUAUUCUUACAGCUCCAAUUCGAAGAAAAAUUGAUAAACAAUUCAAAGAAAACGUUUGCAUCUACGUAGAUAGAGCAAAACUAUAUGUCAUAGAUGGUGAAUACAAAUACACCUUCAGAAUCAAUGAUCUUAUCACUAAACCAUUAGAAGAAGGUCUUAAUUUCGCCCAAGCAUCACCGCAAACCUGCAAAGACAAAUUUGUCGUAUCCGAUGGCGCUUCGCACGUCAGCGUUAACGAUAUGUGGGAAUACAAAGCGAAAUACGGAAGUGCAACAAUAUCUAAGACACUCAAGCGCUCUAAAGCCCAUCUUGAUCCAUCUCUUCAAUCAUUAUUCCCUAUCGAAGCUUCUUAUCAAGUUCCUAUCGUUACAAAUGGCCAUUAUCUCGCAUUUCUCUACCAAAGACCGAAUAACUCCAUUUUCAGAAUAUUCUCCUUGGUCUCCGGUGAGUUCUUGAUCGAUGUCGGCUUCCAAUACCCAGAACCGAUCCUUGCUGCAACAAUUGAUGCUGUAAAUAGGUGUUAUUACAUAGUUGUACCUAUUAACAACAACAGAGUUGCAGUCAGAAAGCUUCUCUUCCUUGGUUCCGAGGAUCCAACGUUAUUGGAUCUCGCGAAAUACGAUGCAAUGUUAUUAUUCCAAAAGAAGCUCAAGAAAUUCAUCAAAGCGAUCACACCACUCAUGUCUGCUUUCAUCGGAUCGCAGAUUAUUCCACGUCUUUUCAUUCCAAGGCAAAGUCAAAUGUUCGAAAAACUGGUUGAUCUAAUUACAAGCUACUUAACGCUACCGUCAAACGUAAUGUCAUCGGCCAAGGAUUCGAUCGUCUCUAUCGUUCAAUCGUUAAUUUCCAUUCUUCAGGCAAAUUUGAUCUUAAUUCAGCAAAGUAAUGCAAAGAUUCCAGUUCUGAUCCAGAAAUUAUUCGAUUUACUGACAUUGCUUCCUACAAACCUUGCCGUCAUCCUCUUCUUUUCUAAUACAGAAUUUUUCUUCAAGUAUAAUCAGCCGUAUUCGAUCAAUAUCCUUGUCAAACUGAUCAAGGAGCGCAUACAAUACGAUAAUCUCAACAGAUACGCCAUGAGAUACCUUGAAACUUCCUCUGUAUUAGCAAAGAUUCCGUUUUCCACUCCAAACUCCUUCUCCGAGCUUAUUCCUCAGACAUUCACCAACAUAAACAAUGUUCCAGAGUCAAUCCUCAAUCUCUUGAUCCUUCAUCAACGAGUUUUACUGACAUGGGCAACAAAACGUCUGAAAGAAGAUCCAUUUGCUGAAAUUACCUUUGGCGCAAGGCCAGAUCGUGCCGAACCAUCCGAAUUAGACAAUUUCGGUGAUUAUUUCAACAUAUUAGUCACGAAAUUUGAUACUUCCAUUUCCAACUCACAAACACCCGUUGAUUUCCAAGAUUCCUUGAUCUUCAUGUUAUUCGACAACUUCAUACGUCUUAUUUCCCCUCUUGUCGAAUACCACGCGAUUGCCAGAAUCACAACUGCACUUUUAUCCGUUUUAUUGCAGAAAUUAUCCGAUUUCAUCAACACCAAAGUACCAAAUAUCAAUCUUUACCCAAAGAUUGCCAACUUUGUCCUUACAUUACUGUUCACAUUCGGCAGAUACUCUGCAACAUUGUUCAAAGGCGGUGGUCAGUCAGAAUUUGAGUCAAAGUGCAUGUGGCUGAUGCGCGCGAACAUCGAUAUCAUUGAUAACCAGGAAGCAUUCAAUUCCCUUGACAAUCCGAACACAAACAAUUUUGCCGACCAAAGAAUUUACAAUUUUCUGAAUAAUUCUGAAUGCUCUCAAAUUCAGACAAUUUACACGAAAUACAAAGCUCCUACACACAGGAACUUGAGACCAGAACUGAAAGAUCUUGACAGAGUAACAUUGUUGGCCAUCUGCAAACACAUGGGAAUCUUAGAAGAUCUGUUCAAUCUUAAGACAACAUUGAGUGCAGAAUUAAAGAAAGCUGUUGAUCAAAUGACAAAAGUAAGGAAUACGUAUAGAAACCUUCUUCAAAACGAGAAACAGCAUCAAGCAGAAGAGAUAAAGAUCAGAGCAUUGAUGUUAUUAAGGAUGGAAAGUGAAUUCCUUGAGAAUGACAACAAAGAACAAUUAAUUUCUGAAUAUCUUUCCAAUGAUUUUUCACCAUUCUUAAUUAAAAACAUCAUCAAACAGCAGAGAUCGAGAAUCCAAACUACAUUAGUUGGUUUCUCAUUGAUUGAUAGAACAUACACAAUGCAGUUGCAUCCAUUACUUAAUGAUAUCAUUGCUUAUACAUUGAGUUCCAUUGAAUCUUUCGAAGGUUUGUCAGUUAUCAUCAAAAUCACGAAAAUGACUCCACAACAAUUAGAUCAAAUCAACAAGUUCUACGCGAGAGUCAUUGAUAUGAUACAGACAACUAAGAAUAACAGAUUCACAUUGUUGGCAAUGAGGUUCUUCAGAGAUAUCGAUGCAUUGCAAAGUGUACAACUCAAUUUGUUACAUAAUAUUUUGGAUUUGCUUUCGAAAGAUCCAAACAACUGUCAAUUGUUUGCUUUGGCAUUGAGUUUAAUCAGAAAAUGUGACAAAUUGGAACCAACAUUGAUGAACCCCAAUUCUUCAAUGGGAGAAAUGAUUCUGUUGGCGGAAUCAUUUAGAACUCUCAGUUACAAUGAAGAUGCUUUCGACAUGGUCGCAAACAGAAUGUUCCAGUCGAGAGAUCCAUUGACAGUAAGAGUUUGCGGAAGAGUUUUGUCUCAAUUGUUUGAUUCUCCAACUUCAUCAAGAUACGACGCAUUCUUUAAGCAGGCAAUCUUCUUAAUUGGCUCUGCAUUCAGCCAAUUCGCUGGCUUGGACAUUGCUUGUGAAUUCGUCCACGUUUUGAGAGAAGUUUUGAACAGAGACAUUCUCGCAAAAGAAAAUUUGAUCAAAAUUUUGACAUCAAUAACUCCUGACCACAAAGAAGUGGAAAUCGCAGGAUGUUUAGCUGUUUUGACAAACUUCUUUGAACCAAUGAGACCUUUCUGCAAUGUAAGAUUCCACCAGGACUUGACAACAUCAACAGAAGUCAUUGCUCUGCCAACAAGAAAAGAAAACAAAUACAUUAUUUACCAAAAACCGUUUUCUUUGACAGACCCUGCCAAAAAAGUCGUUGUCGAGAAACCAGCAUUCAUUUACGCUGUUCCUCUCAUACAAGUGAACCAAAAGAAGUUCACUUACUACGACUUCAUCCUGUCAUUCUUCAACGACAUGUUAAUUAACAAGAGAUACGAUAACAUCACACAAAGUUUGUAUGUACAAACAAUUGCCCACUUUUUGAAAGAGCCUGAUUUCAUGUCACAUUUCACCCAAGAAAUGGUUGAUGUAUUCAGUAAAGAUCCAGUACCAUUUGGCAACAUCAUUCAUAUCAUUGAGACAGCGUAUUCAUUCCUUAGGAAGCCAUCUCUUCCUCAAGACAAUGGUUUCAACACUUUGGUGUACAAAGAAGCUCCAACAGUUACAUUUUUGAGUCCUCAGAUCAAAGAAGGAGUGAAAUUCAGUGUAACUGUACAAACAACAAGCGACAGAAUGAGAGGAUACCUUGGUAUUGUCUCUGAUACUGUCGAAGGCUACAGCACAAGAUACAGUUUCGCUGAAUUGCCAAGCGGAAAAAUGUAUCCUUCUUUGGAUGAACCAGAGAAAUUGAAGCCAAGCCAGUCCUACACAAUGGAAGUAGACACAGAUGCUAAAGUAUUCUCCAUCGGAAAGAAUACGUACGAGUUCCCUUACGGACAGAAAUUCAGAGUUCUCUUCGCUUGCCACAAAUCAAUGCAACACACAAUAAAUGUAACGAAUGAUCCAUUUGAUCCAAGAGCAUUUCCACCUUUGGCACCUCAUUCUGUACUUUCCUACGCCAACAAGAACAAACUGUUCAAAGAUGUCUAUUGGCUGGAAGGUAUCAAACAGUUGCCAGAAGACUACAACAAGAUUCCUUCGUACAACAUCGAUGUCAACCCUGUUUCUUACAAAGAAAGACUCAGAAGAAACUUCAUCACUCCUAUAAACACAAUUUUGAUCCAUCCUCAGUUUGCAACACAGGCAUCAAGCCAGAUCUGCAUCGAUGCGUUCAGAGGACUCAUGUACGAGUUAACCUGCCAAUGGAUGACAAUUGGAUUGAUCAGAAUCGCGGCGCAGAAGCCAGAAAUGAUCAACAACGAAAUCGCAAUUGUCAAAUUGUUCUCAAUUUUGUCAGUUUUACUCGAACAGUUCUUCCCUAACGAAUACAGAGAUGGCAGGUUCAUGUUCUCUUUGAACGAGCCAAUCUGGGAUCCCAAGGCCACAACUAAUCUUCUCUAUCUCUCUUUGGACAUCGAUUGCAAGGCCGCAAUGCAAUCUCUCGCAAAGAGAAGUGAUGUUCCUAAAGCUGUCGGAAAAUGUUUGAAGACCAUGUCAAAUGAUCCAUUGUUACAUUUGAUUGCUUAUCCAAACAGAUGGCACAAGUACUCCCCUCCAGGAGAAGUCAAGAACCCUGUCCCAACAAAUGGUUCUUCGAUUGUUACAAUUAACUCUUUCGUUGGCUUUGUUCCUAAUUUCUUUUCCGUUGCAGGAAAGGCAAUGCUGGAAUCUCCUGCUUUGAUCGCUAUCCCAUUACAACUAAAGCUCAAUGUUGAAAACACGAGAUCAUAUGCACUUUCUGUUCUUUCGAUUUUGCCUAUGGAUAACUCAUGGAUUUUCGAAACUCCAUUUGAAAUGUUGAUUCUUUUGAAGUCAUACAUUUACAUGGUUACAACUAAUGAAGCCAAACUACUUGCGAAAUCAGUUAUCAUUGAUUCUUUGGUAUCUAACUCUCCAUUCAUUCUCAAGUACAUUCCACAAUUCUUGGAGUUACUUCAAGUAACAAUUCCUUCAACACCAAUCGACCAAGACAAGAACUACAUCCACAAAUUGUUACUUUUGGGUUCCCAGAUUCCGAAGAUGCCUCCUUACCAAAUAGACAGAUAUUCCCUUGUCUACAACCAAGAGUACAGAGUUCUUUCUUCACAGAUUGCAAGAGAUCUCGCUUCCCACUUCCCAGAAUUCUUCAACUCUGAGAUUCCAAGAACAUCAGAGUCCCAGUUAAUGAUACCACAAGUUCCUCUGGAUCCUGGCGCAAUCACAUUCGAUUAUCUCCAGCACAUCAUGUCAAUCAGACUCUUCGUGAGAAGAUACAAUUCAUUGAUUGGCUUCCCGUUCUGGGAAAUUCUUCCUCUCUGGUUCAGAGCUUCUGAAUACUACAAAGGAAAGCCUGACUACAUCAAGCCAGAAUUAAGACAUCUCUCUUAUUGGCUGCUGAGACUUGUCAAUCCUUCCAAAGUCAGAGUUACUUUGAGAUUGAAUCCACUGAAGAAUCUCGGUUCUGAAGCAAUGAUCAGCCGCUCAAAGACAGAGAACUUCGAAGAGGCAGAAUACAUCUUCCCAGAAGAUUUCAAGAGAGAUAUAGUUUUGAACGACGAAAUCACUUAUUUGGCAUUGAUUUCUGUUCCAAUGGGAUGGAGCGAAUUCAGGCCACAGUUGUUCUUCAAAGAUGACGAGAGCCAGAGCUUGAAAGGACAGAGAGUCAUGGUUGAUUUGGACCAAAUCCACGCCAGAUUCAUUGAAGACAUGAAAGAUUUCGCAAUCAGAUGGGAUGACGAUGAUACUGAUGCAUUGUUGAACAUUUUACCACGAUCGGCACUCCAAAUGCCAACAUUUUCAACAGUCAGAUCCAUUGCGGAACAAUCAACACUCGCAUCGAGAUAUUCUCCAUCUGUUGUUGCAUUGAGAGCUCUUUUGAUUCACCAGUUCAACUACUUGAAACUGAACCAUUUCAGAGAUGUUCCAGAGUCAAUUUGGUCAUCAAUGAACAUGUUCGUGUCCUGCGAAGAUGCAUCAGACCAAUUCAUCAACUGCAUCGCGAAAGGAAACGAAAACGACCACUGCGUCAUCAAAGUCGACAGACACAGCGCCCACAGAGUCAUUCUCGAUGGAAAAGGAGACAGAAGACAGUCAAUCAUGCACCAGGUCGCAAUGUGGUUCAAGACUGUCAGAAUGGAGAUGCUUCGCUCUGCAACGAAACCGUGGAAGGUAAAGUUUGUAGACGAAGAAGCUAUCGAUGCUUCCGGUCCAAUGAGAGAGCUCAUGACAGAAUGCGCUACUUCCAUUUUCGAGAAAACAUCAUGUCUCUGCUUCCCUGUUCCAAACGCGAGACACCACCGCGGACAGUUCAAAGACUUGUUCGUUCCUUACGACGAAACUAAUGGAGAAUACAGUGAUAUCUACAGAGGCAUCGGUAUCUACAUUGGCAUGGUCGUAAGAACAGGUUUUGUCCAGGAUAUGCCAUUUGUUCCUUUCGUUUGGAAGUUCAUCGCUGGUGGUGAACUUUCUUCAAACGACAUUUUGAUGGUCGACAAAAUGCUCUCUGAUCAGUUCGCUCAGCUGAGACAAGCAGAAGCGGACAAGGACUUCCAGAGAUGCGCAGUUCCAUGGAAGAUUGAACAGUGGAAUGGACAGCAAGCAAUGCUUCCUGGACACUCUGCAGAUUCAACUGUUGGACCUGGCGAAGUUGAGAAUUUCAUCAUCGAAUGCAUCAACUUCAGAAUCAACUCAAUCAAGCCAACACUUCAAUUGAUCAGACAGGGAUUCAUCGACAACACAAAGAUCGAUUCACAUCCUCUGUUGACUGGUGCUCGUUUGUCUCACAUGGCUCAGGGAUCAAAUGUCAUCACGACACAACAGCUCAGAUCAAUCACACAAGUUAAUGACUACAAAGGCCUUGAAGAUAAGAACAUCAGAUGGUUCUUCAACGCUGUUGAUAGAUUCAAUCCUGACCAGCGCAAGUUGUUGCUUAAGUUCAUUACAACACUCACGAGAUUGCCAAACUCAUCAAUCAACUCCAGUUUCGUUCUUAAGAUUGAUAAGUUGGAAAGAGAGAAUCCUGAUCAGUCCCUUCCAACUGCUUCAACUUGCUUCAACAGAUUGCACUUGCCACCGUAUUCAAGUGAAGAAAUCACUUACCAGAAGCUUUUGAUUGCUAUCCAAUACUGCCAGACUAUGGAAAAUCGUUAA